AUGGAAGCCAACCCACCCUACUGGAAGGCAGCCCACCCUGUGGAAGCCAACCCAACCCCGUGGAAGCCAGCCCACCCCCGUGGAAGCCAACCCAACCCGUGGAAGCCAACCCACCCCCGUGGAAGCCAACCCACCCCCGUGGAAGCCAACCCACCCCCGUGGAAGCCAACCCAACCCCGUGGAAGCCAACCCACCCCCGUGGAAGCCAACCCAUCCCCGUGGAAGCCAACCCACCCCCGUGGAAGCCAACCCACCCCCGUGGAAGCCAAUCCACCCGCGUGGAAUCGAACCCACCCUCGUGGAAGGCAACCCACCCCGUGGAAGCCAACCCAACCCCGUGGAAGCCAACCCACCCCAGUGGAAGCCAACCCACCCCCGUGGAAACCAACCCAACCCCGUGGAAGCCAACCCACCCCCGUGGAAGCCAACCCAACCCCGUGGAAGCCAACCCACCCCCGUGGAAGCCAACCCACCCCCGUGGAAGCCAACCCAUCCCAGUGGAAGCCAACCCACCCCCGUGGAAGCCAACCCAACCCCGUGGAAGCCAACCCAUCCCCGUGGAAGCCAACCCACCCCCGUGGAAGCCAACCCAACCCCGUGGAAGCCAACCCAACCCCGUGGAAGGCAACCCACCCCCGUGGAAGGCACCCUACCCUGUGGAAGUCAACAAACCCCGUGGAAGGUAACCCACCUCCGUGGAGGCCAACACAACCCCGUGGAAGCCAACCCAACCCCGUGAAAGCCAACCCACCCUCGUGA